GCAGCAUUGGCAGUCAAAAAUCCACGCACAGCCCCAACAAGUCGCACAUGGAGAUGACGCCGACCCGGUGCAGAGACAGUUCGCUGUCGUUCGACACAGGCUACGACAACUACACCCGCGGCAUCGACGUCAGCCAGUCGACGCUGAGUGGAGUGGGGGAGGUGUCCGUGUGGGACUUCUCCGGCCACGACAGCUACUACAUCUUCUACGACCACUUCAUCGGCAAUACCAACUGCGUCCACCUGGUGGUGUACCGGCUCAGCGACCCCCCAGCGGUGCAGAUGCAGCAGGUCAUCUUCUGGAUGGGCUUCCUGCAGGCGCGCAUCCCUCCCAAGGAACCGCUCGGUCACUGCGGCCGGUCGAGCCGACCGGCGAAGGUGGCGCUGGUGGCCACUCACGCCGACCUCAGCCAGUGUCACAAGAACGGACACGGCGAGUAUUCCUCGUCCGAGGUGAAUCUCUUGAUGAAGGAGGUCCAGGAGCGUUUCGGCCACGUCUUUGAUUUGCACGAGACGACAUUCGUUUUGGACGCCACGUCCGCCUCGUCGCCGGCGCUGAAGCACCUCAAGGGUUAUCUGUCCGAGAUGAAAGCGAAAGUGACGCAGGGCGCUGUUGGUGUUGGUGUUGGUGAUGCUGUGGGGCAGGGCGCUGGUGGCGGCGCCGGGCGGCAUGGGUACAGGCGACUGAUAGCUGACAAUGCCUACCUCAAGGAAAGUGGCCCGGCUGGCUGA